AUGCGGCCAUUCACUCCCAUGUUUUGGGGCAAAAAUGGGCGUAACCACAAUGGCUCCGCCUCUCGCAUGCCCAUGACAAUGCCCUGCGAGGGGCAGGUAUUCUCACCUCACCCAGUGUUCUCACCCAGUGUUCCUGGGGAUGAAACCUGGAUGAAAGCACUUGCUGAAGAUGAGCAAAUCAAUGUUCUAUUAAUGAUGCGUUGGAGUGCAGACCGACUGUGGAAGAAAAACAUGAUGUUCAAAUGGACUUACACUUUCCUACAGGUUUGUGUGUUUGCAUGUGUGUGUGUGUGUGUGUGUGUGGUCAGUCGGCCAGAUGUUGCCACAACAUCUCAGUGGUUAGCUCCGAUUGUAUGGGAGGAUACAUUUGACCUGACAGUGAUUGACGCCAUCUACAAACAACAGAAUAUCACCGUGGCAACCAUCGUCUUCGCUCUGGGCAAGUUUGUGCGUUUCCUGAGGGACCUCCUAGAGUCUGCGGAGCAGCACUUCAUGGUGGGCUACCGAGUGCAUUAUUACAUCUUUACAGAUCUCCCGGAUGAGGUUCCCGCAGUAACACUGGGUGAGGGGCGUCAGCUGACCGUGAUAAAAACAGCAACCUUGAACCGUUGGCAGGAAAUCUUGCUACGCAGGAUGGAGAUGAUUGAGAAUCUCAUCCAAUACGAACUCCUCAACAAGGCAGACUACAUUUUCAGCCUCGACGUCGACUCCAAAUUCUAUGCUCACUGGGGGGCGGAGUCUCUGGGUGACCUUGUCGGCGCGCUGCAUGCCUGGUUUUUUGGAAGUUCUCGGGAACAGUUCACGUAUGAGCGGCGUCCCGAAUCUCAGGCUUACAUCCCUUUAGACGAAGGAGACUAUUACUACGGAGGGGCCGUGAUCGGAGGACGCCCCGAAAAAGUGCUCAAGCUGGUGAAGACGUGCCGCAUACAGCUGGAUGUGGACCGAGCCAAUAAGAUCGAAGCGGUUUGGCAGGAAGAGUCUCACCUGAAUAAGUACUUCCUGUACAACAAACCCACCAAGUUGCUCUCACCUGAAUACCUGUGGGAUGACCGAAAACAGAAACCCAGCUUCAUGAAAGUGGUGCGUUUCUCACAGGUGGUCAAGAACUACGCUGAGAUUCGACCCAACCCUUAAUGCACAG